AUGGCUUCGUUUUGCCCCGUCACUCCCCAAUCUCUCUUCUCCACUUCACAUUUUCCACAUCGCACCUUUCAACCUCACUCCCUACUCCCCCUCCAUUCUCCACACUUGUUUAGGAAGAGUGUUAGUUCACUAUGGGGAACAGACUCGCCAACCUUCAAGAUACACUCUUCACUUACAGAUUUUACGGUGGAUGUAGCUGUAGAGGAGAAAAAGCUACCAAAAGGAGAAACUUGGUCUGUUCACAAGUUUGGUGGGACUUGUGUGGGAAGUUCAGCGAGGAUAAACAAUGUUGCAGAUGUAAUUAUCAAUGAUGAUUCUGAGAGGAAGUUGGUGGUGGUGUCUGCUAUGUCAAAAGUAACAGAUAUGAUGUAUGAUCUCAUAUACAAGGCUCAGUCUCAGGAUAAGUCUUAUAUAUCUGCACUGGAUGUGGUUGAAGAGAAGCACAGUUUAACUGCACAUGAAUUAUUUGAUGAAGAUGAUCUUGCUACUUUCUUAGCCAAUUUGCAUCAAGAUAUUAGAAACUUAAAGGCAAUGCUUCAUGCUAUAGACAUAGCUGGUCAUGCUACAGAAUCUUUUACUGACUUAGUUGUGGGACAUGGGGAGUUAUGGUCUGCGCAGAUAUUGUGUUAUGCUGUUAAGAAGAAAGGGACUGAAUGCAAAUGGAUGGACACAAGGGAAGUCCUCAUUGUGAAUUCUACUAGUGCUGAUCAUGUUGAUCCUGAUUACUUGGAAUCUGAACGAAGACUUAAUAAAUGGUACUCUCUUAACCCAUCUAAGGUUACCAUUUGGACAGAUGUGGAUGGUGUGUACAGUGCAGAUCCUAGAAAAGUUAGUGAUGCCGUGAUUUUGAAGACACUGUCUUAUCGAGAGGCGUCGGAGAUGUCUUAUUUCGGCGCAAAUGUCUUACAUCCACGAACAAUUAGUCCAGUUAUUCGAUACGGCAUACCAGUUAUAAUAAGGAAUAUUUUCAAUACCUCUGCUCCUGGAACAAAGGUCUGCCAUCCUUCUCUUAUUGAAAAUGAAGAUAAGAAGAUAUUAAAGAAUUAUGUCAAAGGCUUUACAACAAUAGACAACUUGGCACUUGUAAAUGUGGAAGGAACCGGAAUGGCUGGUGUUCCAGGUACUGCCAGUACUAUUUUUAGAGCAGUGAAAGAGGUUGGAGCCAAUGUUAUUAUGAUAUCUCAGGCUAGUAGCGAGCAAUCUGUAUGUUUUGCUGUGCCCGAGAAGGAAGUAAAAGCUGUUUCUGAGGCAUUGCAAUCGAUGUUCCAGAACGCAUUGUAUGCUGGGCGUCUUUCUCAGGUCGCAGUCAUUCCAAAUUGCAGUAUUUUGGCAGCUGUUGGCCAGAAAAUGGCAAGCACCCCAGGAGUUAGUGCCACUCUUUUCAAUGCAUUGGCUAAGGCCAACAUAAAUAUCCUUGCUAUAGCACAAGGUUGUUCCGAGUACAAUGUUAGUGUUGUUCUUAAGCGGAAGGAUUCUAUAAAAGCUCUGCGGGCUGUCCAUUCUAGAUUUUAUAACUCAGAAACCACCAUAGCAAUGGGCAUAAUUGGACCUGGAUUAGUUGGGAGCACUCUCCUUGAUCAGCUAAGGGAUCAGGCAGAAACUUUGAAAGAAGAAUCAAACAUUGAUUUACGUGUAAUGGGGAUCAUGGGUUCCAAGUCGAUGCUCCUUGAUGAUUCGGGAAUCGACUUAGUAAAGUGGAGCGAAAUUCGUGAGGAAAAAGUGGACUGCACAGCUGAUUCCGGUGUAGCAAGCCAUUACAAUGACUGGCUGCGCAAAGGGAUACAUGUAGUCACCCCCAAUAAAAAGGCAAAUUCAGGACCACUUGAUGAGUAUUUGAGGUUAAGAGUUCUUCAGAGGCAAUCAUACACACAUUACUUCUAUGAAGCUACUGUUGGAGCUGGUCUUCCAAUUAUUAGCACAUUACGCGGACUUCUCGAAACUGGUGACAAAAUAUUGCAAAUAGAAGGCAUCUUCAGCGGGACUUUGAGUUACAUCCUUAAUAAUUUCAAAGAUGGACGAGUUUUUAGUGACGUAGUUGCUGAAGCAAAGGAAGCAGGUUAUACUGAACCAGAUCCAAGGGAUGAUCUGUCUGGAACUGAUGUUGCAAGAAAGGUGAUAAUUCUUGCAAGGGAAUCUGGCUUGAAGCUAGAGCUUUCUGAUAUUCCUGUUGAAAAUCUUGUGCCGGAACAAUUAAGAGCUAGUGCAUCAGCUCAAGAGUUUAUGCAGAAAUUACCAAAAUUCGAUCACGAGAUAUCAAAGAAACAAGAAGAUGCUGACACUGCAGGGGAAGUGUUGAGAUAUGUGGGAGUGGUAGACGUGGCUAAUCAAAAGGGGUCGGUGGAGCUUCGACGAUACAAGAAGGAUCAUCCAUUUGCUCAAUUAUCUGGCUCGGAUAACAUUAUUGCAUUCACAACAAGAAGGUAUAGAGAUCAGCCUCUGAUAGUUCGUGGACCAGGAGCUGGUGCACAAGUCACAGCUGGAGGAAUAUUCAGUGACAUUUUACGUCUUGCCUCAUAUCUUGGGGCUCCAUCCUAG